AUGAAGCUGAGCCUGCUGCGCUGGUCCCUGUCCUGCCUCCUUGUGCUGCUGCCCUGGCUCCCAGCCACUCCAGCAUUGACGCUUCCUUGGCAGUGCCCGCCUGGGGAGGAGCCCAGCCUGGACCUGAGGCAGGGUGCUGCAUUGUGCAGGUCCUGCCCCCCAGGUACCUUCUCAGCCUCAUGGGGCCCCAGCCCAUGCCAACCCCACACCUGCUGCAGCCCCCAAGGGAGGCUGGAGGCCCAGGCGGGCUCGGCGACUCGAGAUGCACUGUGUGGAGGCUGCCAGCCUGGGUGGUUCAGCCCUGAGGGAAACCCCCAUGUUCCAUGUCACCCCUGCUCCUUGGCACCUCUGGGUACUCUCAGCUGUCGUGUGUUGGGGCGCAGGGUCCGACGUGGCGUGGAGCUGGCAGGAGGUGCCAGUGGUAGCGGGGAGAGCCAGCAGCCUGGGAACAGCACGCGGGCUGGCAGCACCGAGGAGACAGCCGCACAGUACGCGGUGAUCGCCAUUGUACCUAUCUUCUGCCUCAUGGGACUGCUGGGCAUCUUGGUGUGUAACCUGCUCAAGAGGAAGGGUUACCACUGUACGGCCCACAAGGAGAUCGGGCCUGGCCCCGGAGCUGGAGGCAGCGGGAUCAACCCUGCCUACCGGGCUGAGGAUGCCAAUGAAGACACCAUCGGGGUCCUGGUGCGUCUGAUCACUGAGAAGAAAGAGAAUGCGGCGGCCCUGGAAGAGCUGCUGAAAGAGUAUCACAGCAAACAGCUGGUACAAACGAGCCACAGGCCUGUGCCCAGGCCGAUGCCAGGCCCUGCCAACAUACCACAUGUAUGCCCACAUCGCCACCACCUCCACACCGUGCAGGGCCUGGCCUCAGUGUCUGGUCCCUGCUGCUCCCGAUGUAGCCAGAAGAAGUGGCCCGAAGUGCUGCUGUCCCCUGAGGCUGCAGCAGCCACCACCCCUGCCCCCAGCUUCCUGCCCAGCUCAGCCAGAGUCCCCAAGGCUGGACGCCAGGGGGAGAUCACCAUCUUAUCUGUGGGCAGGUUCCGUGUGGCUCGAAUUCCUGAGCAGCGAACAAGUUCAGUAGCAUCUGAAGUGAAGACCAUCACAGAGGCAGGGCCUUCAGGGGGCAAUUUCCCUGUCUCCUCACAGCCUGGCCUCCCCCCCGAGCAGCGCUCACUCCUGGGCAGUAGCACAAGCCACACUAAAUGGCUAAAGCCCCCAACGGAAAACAAGCCUGAGGAGAACCGCUACAUCGUCAGGCUAAGUGAGAGCAACUUGGUCAUCUGA